AAUCUUCUAAACUGUUUGAGUAGCAUUACUGAUGCACUUUUCAUUCGAUAGUUUGGAAAUGCAGCGUAAAUAUAUUCGAUAAUAGUUUUCUUAGAACACUAAAUUGUCAAUCAAAAAGAGAAAUAUCGAAAGAAUUGUUUCACCCGGAAUCGUAGCAUAUUAAAAUUAAAUAUGAAAAUAUCAAGUGCAAAUAUCCCGGAGGAACAAAGUGGAUCUUCGCUUGGGUCUUUUACUGACACUAAUUCUAUCAGCGGCGACUCUGACCUAGACGCUGUUUGUGCAGUAGGCGAUCAAAAUGAGGUGAUUGAAGAACUGAAAACCACAAUCAAAAGAAAUCUGAGUCAAAUUUCGGACCUCGGGGCCAAGUUAAAACUGAAUGAAAUACAUUUAGCAUAUCAGAAGGACAAAGUCAAGGACAAGGACGAGUUAAUUAGAGUACUUCAAGACUCGAUUGAACUGAUAAAAAAAACAAAUAAAAUAGCAAUCAAUCAAGUGCAGAAGUCCGAAACGGGAUUCGGCACUGCCAGUAAUGAUAAUAAUUUUCAAAAACAAAAAGAUUCUCUCGAAUCUAUCACUUUAAAAGAUGAUGUCAAUAAUUUGGCAGCUCAGCUGAAAGAAUGGAAAUGCCAAGCCAAAAAUUCGGAUGAAUCACAUGGAAAAGACGAUCAUUUAGAGAAAUUACAAGCACAAUUUGACAAGUGCAAAAAACAAAAUUCUGAAUUAAUGGUAGAACUUGACGAAUUAAAAGCUAAAAUCAUUGAAUACCAAAAGACUGAAGAUGGUCUAAGAAAACAAGUUUCUGAACUUGAAGAUAAUUUUCUUAGCGUCUCUGCUAAACUUAAAGAAAGCUGUGAAAAACUGUCUGAAAAUACUUUAGACAUUUUUAGCUCUUCAAACAAGAAAGCAAUUAUACCGCUUAAUUAUACUAGAAAUCCAAAAAUACGUGUAAUUGAACGAGAUGGCAUGCAGCCUUUCAUGGCGGUGAUUGAGGAUAUCCCUUCGGCUGGGUCCGGUUGGAUGGUUAUUCAAUGCCGUAUCGAUGAAGACCAGAUGACGUUUGGUGUAGAAAAAGAGGCUAAGUAUCGCGAUGGCUUUGGGGAUAUAAAUAAAAGCUUUUGGCUAGGCACUGACAUAAUACACAAAUUAACAACAAGCCAAUGUCAUGAGCUAUAUAUUCAACUUGUUGACUUUGAUAACGUAUCUGCAUAUGCUCGGUAUGAUCACUUUGAAGUUGGAAGUAGAGAGGAAAAAUACAUGAUCAAGUCUCUUGGUUCAUAUUCGGGAAACGCUGGUGAUGCUUUCAGAAGUCUUCAGAACGCUCCACUUAAAUUAGUGCCUAUAAAUAAAUCAUUGUAUUUCUGGUGGUUAAACGCUCAGACUAAUUGCAAUUUGAAUGGCACUUAUAAAAAUGCGACCCGAUUCGGAUUUUAUUGGGGUAGUUGGUCUCUAGAUAAAAGAGGAUGUAUUCUAAAGUCCUGUCGAAUGUUAAUAAGACCAAAACCCAAGUAAUCCAAAUAUUUGACAUAAUUCAAACAAUUAUUCGGGGUAAUUAUGCUAAAGCAUUUUAAAUGCUCUAAGUUAAACGUAACGUUCUGUCAAAUUGUUGGGCCACUGGCGAUGUGACCUGCCUCAAAUGAAUGAUUGAGUCUAUGAUAAAUAAGAUUUAAAAACAUGCAGUAAUGCAAAAACCCCUUCAAUAAAGAAGCAAUAAACAUCUUUAAUUUGUA